UCCAUGGACGCCGGACCCGGAAGUGCCCGACAACGGCAAACAGAGCCAUCCGCCCCGUUGGAAUGGCGAACGUGAAUGGCACCGCCUCGGCCACAUGCUGGUCCCCCAAACACUCGAAGCAGAGGUGGUGGGGAUCGGCGCCCGCCAUUUCAGCCAGGGCACGAAGGACAGGCCCGGGUCUCUAGAAGUGACGACUCCAUGGAGGUAUAAUAACUCUUUCUUCUUCAAACGUCUUUCUCUGCUUCCGUUGUUGCUCGCUGAAGAGAAAGGGAUGACGGGAAAGGGAGGCGUGGCCGCGUUAUAUACGGUAGGCUUGUGCACGCAUUCAGGUAGGCCCGCCCCGGGGCCGGCUACGUCUAUAGAAUUCUCAAUAGGUGAAUGCUCGCAUGAUAAGGUAGUACCCAUAGAGUCCAGUAGAGGGCGGAGCCUGUGAGAGAUAUAACUAUGAUCCUUGUAAAUGUAGAAGGAGAAUAAAAGCAAGGUGGAAAGAUGUUACCAUGAUAUAAAACUAGAUCCAGCCUGGGUAAAGCAAUUACUGAGCGAUUCCACUGUGUUCCAUUCUCUUCACCUUCAUCUAUGCUGCUAAUAUUGAUUGUCUUUGAACAGAUUGUUAUUGGCGCUAUCAUAGAGAACACUCCCGCUGAGCGCGAUGGGCGGCUGCGACCUGGGGAUGAGCUCAUUUCUGUGGAUAAAAAUGUGGUUGCUGGGAAACCACACAAAUACGUUAUAGACUUGAUGCACGCAGCCGCUCGCAAUGGUCAAGUCAGCUUGACUGUGAGAAGGAGAGUGCAAAUGCCUGGUGAGCUGUGUCCUGUGAACGGCCGCAGCCCCGGCUCUGUGUCGACCCAACACAGCUCUCCACGAAGCGACGCAGCCUCAGCUUCGGGCCCUCCAGCUUUAGCCGUCCCAGCUGCCACCUCUCCUCCAGAGGGAUCCGCCCUGCAAACCAGUGAUGUGGUUAUUCACCGCAAGGAGAACGAGGGCUUCGGCUUCGUCAUCAUCAGCUCCCUAAACAGACCGGAGAACGCCUCCGUCAUCACGGUGCCCCAUAAAAUAGGCCGCAUCAUCGAGGGCAGCCCUGCGGAUCGAUGUGGGAAGCUGAAGGUGGGCGACCGGAUCCUGGCGGUGAACGGACAGUCCAUCAUCAGCAUGCCGCACGCAGACAUUGUGAAGCUCAUUAAAGAUGCUGGGCUUACUGUCACGCUGCACAUCAUACCAGAAGAGGGAGCCCAUUCUGGCCCCGGCUCAGAGAAGCAGAGCCCCAUGACCCAGAAACACAGCCCCCAGACCCAGCCCAGCCCUGUAGCCCAGCCCGGCCCAGGAAGCCCCCAGCCCGGCCAGACAGCCCUCCAGGCAGGUCAGAUAACCAUCCAGCCCGGCCAGACACCAGCUCAGCCCGGACAAACCGUGAGUGGCCCCCCCGCACCAGCAGCCUCCCAGCCUGCGCCGGCUGGAUCCCAGCAGAGCCCGGUCAGCCAGCCCUCCGGCCCCCCGCCGCCGCUCUACCUCCACGACGGCAGGUAA